CUUGCGUGUUGCUCGACUCUCCGUCUGAUUACGCGCAUGGCUCAUAUCGAGAUAGAUAAAGAAAUUCUUAUGUGAUGUUAGUAAACAAAAAGUGUAUAAAUAAAAAACGUGGCGUCUUUCUUUUGUCAGUCUUGUAGUGAACUUUAACUGUUGACGAUGUCACUUCCGGCAGUUUUUCUUUUCUCACAUUAUAUGGAAAGCUUUUGGAGUACACCACCACCCUUAGUGGACUGGUCGGGGUUGGGAGUUCCGACAUUGGUGCUAUUGGUGACAGCACUCCUAGUGGCUGCUACUGCCCUGGUAGCUCGAGUCACCGAUGCCAAGCAAGCCACUCGCUUGCCCGGCCCGCCUGCACUGCCAUUCCUAGGCACAAGAUGGCUCUUCUGGAGUAGAUACAGAAUGAAUAAAUUACACGAAGCUUACGAAGACAUGUUCAGGCGGUACGGGCCGGUGUUCGUGGAAACAACGCCAGGGGGCGCUGCUGUAGUGUCGAUUGCUGAACGGGCCGCACUUGAGGCUGUGCUCCGGACUCCAGCAAAAAGGCCUUAUCGUCCACCCACGGAGAUAGUUCAGGUCUAUCGGAGAAGUAGGCCAGACAGAUAUGCCUCCACGGGACUUGUUAAUGAGCAAGGAGAGAAAUGGCAACAUCUUCGUCGUCACCUUACCGCGGAGCUCACAAGUCCGCAAACAAUACAAGGUUUCCUUCCUGAGUUGAACAACAUCUGCGAAGACUUCCUGAAUCUUCUGCAUGCCUGUCGUAAACCCGAUGGCACUGUUCAUGGCUUUGACCAGCUAACGAACAGAAUGGGACUGGAGUCCGUCUGCGGUUUGAUGCUAGGAACUCGUUUGGGGUUCUUAGAGCGAUGUAUGUCGGGUAGAGCGGCAACCCUGGCUGCAGCUGUCAAGGCACACUUUCGAGCACAGAGGGACUCCUAUUACGGCGCCCCCUUGUGGAAGUUCGCACCAACCAAGUUGUACAGGACGUUUGUUAGAAGUGAAGAGACAAUUCACACGAUAGUAUCAGAUCUAAUGGAGGAAGCAAAGAUGCGGACGCGGGGAUCUGCACAAGAUGACGGCAUGCAAGAAAUCUUUAUGAAAAUACUAGAAAACCCAGCGCUUGACAUGCGGGAUAAGAAAGCCGCCAUUAUAGACUUCGUGACAGCGGGCAUUGAAACAUUGGCAAACAGUCUAGUAUUCCUCUUGUACCUGUUAAGCGGUCGACCGGAUUGGCAGCAGAAGAUUCGUUCAGAGCUGCCCAGCUGUGGAGUGCUACGAGCUGAAGAGAUGGCAGCUGCGCCUGCCAUCCGAGCUGCUACCAAUGAAGCGUUCAGAUUGCUACCAACUGCUCCAUUUUUGGCAAGACUUUUGGAUGCACCAAUGACCAUUUCCGGACAUAGACUACCGGCUGGGACAUUUGUGCUAGCGCACACAGGCGCAGCAUGCAGACGUGAGGAGAACUUUUGGUCUGCGACAGAAUAUCUACCUGAAAGAUGGCUGUGCGGACGGGAGCCUCAUGCAGCCUCUCUAGUAGCACCAUUCGGUAGAGGACGACGUAUGUGCCCAGGGAAGAGAUUUGUCGAGUUGGAACUACAUUUGCUGCUUGCCAAGAUUAUGCAGCGAUGGAGGGUGCAGUUCGAUGGUGAAUUAGAUGUACAAUUCGAUUUUCUAUUGUCGCCAAAGUCACCCGUAUCUUUAAAAUUAGUCGAGUGGUAGAAUUAAGUUACAACUAAAAAUGUUAUUUGAAUUUAAAACAUUACGAUUCUAAAGACAUUCUGAUAUAAUCUUGCCAUAUUGUUGUUCAUAAUAAUAUAAUAGAAGAAUACAAUAAAAUAUUAAGUUGAAUGUUACCCAU